UGAGUGUCUCCUCUCUUUGAUCCCUGGAGGGAGGGGCGAAGGAGUGGAGGAGCCCAGGGGAGACUUAAAGGCAGAGGAGCCCCAGGGAGGAGCAGAAGUUGGCCCCCUCCUGGUUCCUGGGAGUGGGCAGAGUCUGCCUUUGCUUCAUGACAUAAUCCGAUGGAGAAAGGAAGAGGUUCUUCAGCCCUGUUGGAGUCCAGAUUGAAGAUGGAGGACCUAAACACAUCCAGUCCUGAAGGAGAAAGAGGGGCCAAUACAAUCUGGGCUGGAAGAAGUGAGGAAUCCUGGGAAAAGAAAAUGCAAAAUGUCCUGGAUGAAAAGAUGUUCAGCUCAGAUGCUCAGUGCCAACGCUUUCGGACGUUCUGUUAUCACGAGGCUGAGGGUCCCCGAGAGGUUUGCCACAGACUCCAUGCUCUCUGCCAUCAGUGGCUGAAGCCAGAGCAACAUACAAGAAUUCAGAUGCUAGACCUGGUGAUCCUGGACCAGUUCCUGGCCGUCCUUCCCCCAGAGAUGGCCAGCUGGGUCCGGGAAUGUGGGGCAGAGACCAGUUCCCAAGCAGUGGCCCUGGCUGAAGGUUUCCUCCUGAGCCAGGAGGCAGAGAAAAAAGAGGAAGAGCAGCAGGACAGUGUUAUUCUUAAGGCCCAAGAGGUCCCAUCAGACACCAGUCAUAGGUUGCUGUUCAAAUGGAUCAAGGUGGAGGACAGUGAUGGGACUGCUUCACUGGAUGACCCAAGGAUGCCAGAACAAUGCAGUAAUUCAUCUCUUCUUCUUGAUGAAGUGGAGUCGGUUUCUGUGGAAACAGAUCAGGUGGCCUUUGAGGAGGUGUCUGUACAUUUUAGUGAGGAGGAGUGGGCCCUACUGGAUCCCAGCCAAAGGGCUUUGCACACAGAGGUCAUGGAGAAGAAUUACGGGAUGGUGGCCUCUCUCAAUAAUGGUGGAUGGGAGGGUGAGAAUGGAGAAGCACCAUGCCAAGUGCCAUUGGAAAGAGAUAGAGAUGCAGAGGAGGAAGAGUGGAAUGAAAGAAAAGAUGCAAAAGAGAAGGGUAAUCAGUUGCUUCCUUCUCACAGUGCUGACAUCAGGGAAAUGCCAAUUAAUGAAGAAAGAGAAAAAGACAAAGAGAGCAGUAAGUGUCUUAUUUAUGAGAAUGACUUCCAUUGGACUUCCAGGAUGAAUGUUCAUGCUACAAAUGAAACAGAGGAAUAUUCCCAUCAAUGUCCUGAGUGGGGAGAGAGCUUAAGAUGGAAUGUACCCCUUGCUAACCAUCAAAGGAUGCCUACAGAGGAGAACACAUAUAUUUGCCAGGAGAACCUUGGAAGAACCUUGACUGGGAAGACAAACUUUGUUACACAUCAAAUAGAUCAGACAGGAGAAAAACCGUAUCAGUGCCUGGAAUGUGGGAUUACUUUCCGUUACAAAUCGGCUUUCAAAAAACAUUACGUGAUUCAUACACUGGAGAAACCGUAUCAGUGUCUGGAGUGUGGAAAAAGCUUUCGUUGGGGACCGCAUUUGAAAAGACACCAAUUUAUCCACACAGGUGAGAAACCAUACCCAUGCCUGGAAUGUGGGAAAUGCUUCAAUCAGAAGAGAUACCUCACAGAACAUAAAAAGCUUCAUAUUGGAGAGAAACCCUAUAAAUGUCCCAAGUGUGGAAAAUGCUUCUACUGGCUAUCACAGCUUAACAGACACCAACUUGUUCACACAGAAGAGAAGCCCUAUGAAUGCCUGGAGUGUGGGAAAGGCUUUAUUGAGAAGAGAAACCUUAUUACCCAUCAAAUGAAUCACACCGGAGAGAGACCAUAUAUCUGUCUGGAGUGUGGAAAGAGCUAUACUCACAAAUCAGUCCUCAGACGGCACCAAAUGAUUCACACAUUAAGAACAGCCACAGAAAUGCCUUCAAUAUUAGAUCAGCUUCAAUCAGAGAUUAAAGCUGAACAGACAUCAUAAUAAUUCACGCAGAGGAGAAAUAACACAUAGUUCUUGUUUUUAUGACAAACAUAACAAGUUGUGCUAAGUGAAGAAUAAUUUAUCUGCUCAUGUGAUGUAGCUGUGCUCUUCCCCCACCCCUUUAUUUUAUUCUUCUUCUUGCUGGCUUACUCCUUAUCUGUUCUGUUGUUCUUCUAGAAAAUUCAGUGACAUUUGCAAACUUCUUUCUAUACCAACAAUGUAGACCAACGCAUCCUAAGGUAACUGAUGUGAGAGGCUGACAUUCCCCUCUGCCCCAAUAUGCCAAGAAUGGGCAACAUAUAUGUCCCCAUAGUCUAUAACUGUUUAAUUUGUUCCUGGAAUCUUGCCAGUGACUGGCAGCCAGUCCACCACUAAUGUAGACAUUAAUAGAUGACCCACGGAUCCUUCAGGGUCUCAAGUUUGAAGAGAGAUGUCCUCCACAUUUGGAAAGUGAAAUACAGUGGGCCUUUCCUAUCCACUGGGGUUCCAAGACCCCUUGUAGAUACCAAAAUCUGUAGAUGCCCAAGUCCAUUAGAUACAAUGGCAUAGUAAAAUGGUGCUCCAUAUAUAAAAUCGCAAAAUCAAGGUUUGUUUUGGAUUAUUAUUUUUAAAAAAUAUUUUCAAGUUCUGGAUGGUUUAAUCAGUGGAUGUAGAAUCUGUGGAUACAGAGGGCUGACUGUAUACAAUGACUUUAUUCUACCUGUCACCACCACCCCGUAUUUAAAUAUUCAACCUACACAUAUCAUUGCAUGGUAGAAUUUGUAAGGAAGCAAAGACAAAUUUGGGUGGCAAGGAAGAACUACUAAGAGAUGAGGCUCAUGGGCUAGAAUGACAGAGGAAUGGGAUGGUUGCAGUUGGAGAGUGUAUGCACAUAUGUAUCUUAGAGGAAGAGAGGGAUGAUGCUGAAAGAGUGGGCACGCUAUGGAUGCUGAAAGAGUGGGCAUGCCUUCUGUCCUUAUUCCUCUCUCAUAUUCAAAGCCUUGGGCAAAUUCUUUGUCACCAAUUUGCCAUCUUGCAACAUGGCCAUUUUGUGAGUGGCUGCACUUACGAUGGCAGCGAUUUUGUGUAUGGUGUCCUGUGACAGCCAUUUUUUGACAGCACUUUUGCCAUUUCCUUCACAUUCCAAAACUGCCUUCUUUGGUCACUUUUGUGACCAAAGUUGGAAAGACUUUUAGGGUGACAGAAAGCCUUCACUCUCAUGAAAGAUACCCUACAAGGGGAAAUAUACCUGUGUAAAAUGGUGAAUAGAGCUAGCAUGGUUUAAUGGUUUGAGUGUUGGACUAUGACUCUAGAGACCAGGGUUCAGAUCCCUGCUUGGUCUUGAAAAACCAUUGGAUGUCCAUGGGCAAGUCACAUGCUCUCAGCCUCAGAGGAAGGUGAAGGGAAACUCCUCUUAAGAAAUCUUGCCAAGAAAUCCCGAUAAUAGCAAUACCUUAGGGUUGCCAUAAGUUGGAAACAUCUUGAAGGCAAUAAAAUAAUAAAUAAUUGACUGUUCUUUAGUUGACCAAGUGGAAGGAGUUUGAAUACUUUUCAGAUUGCUGGACUUCAAGCCGUAAAUACAGACCAUCCAAAGGACAGAGGAUUCACUUCAAUGCCGUAGAGUUAAUUUAGAAAUUAAUAAAGGAAAUAUGUGGGGGGAGAGAAAGAGAUCCAAAUAUAUCACUCUCACAUCCUGAUACAGUGCGCCCUUUCCUUACGUGGGGAAUCCGUUCCAGACACACACACACACACACACACCCCGCGUAAGGAAAAAAACAUGUAUGCUGGAGCCCCAUUAGAAGUAAUGGGACUUGUGCCCACGGCGCGCCCCAUUACUUUUUCCAGGCAUGCCAAGGUUUCUUCCGGCGCAGGCUUCCAGCAUAUGCUGGAAGCCUCUUAUGGAGUGCCCAUAUAUAAUGCAAGUGCACUGUACUUUAAGCAAUUGUAAGCAAUAAGCAGUGCUUGGAAGCCCAUAUGGCCUAAAUCCAGUUGCUAGUCCCAACUGGAAAAGGGCUGUUGAAUCAAUUGUUGAACAGAAUGUCAACAUAUAUAUAAAUCCUACUGAUCCCAUGUCUGGUCUUAUCGGGACAAGCACUUGAAUUUCCAAGGUCUCAGGGAGACAGUCCGUAUUAACUGAAUGGCAGGAUUUUUAAGCCCACCUCUGGAGAUGAUGAUCAUGUAGUAUUUCUAUCUGCCUUUUCUGAGGGACUGUUUUUCUCUAGUUUGGCAAGAUGACCUUACCUCUACCUGCAAACUUCUCCCAUCCCGCCACCCAAUUUUGCUGAUGGUACCCUAUACAUUUUAAUUCUGUAUUCCUGCUUUGCUUAUUCACUUCCCUAGCUAUCUGGAUACGACACUAUUCAAAACUCAUAGCCUGUUGGUUUUCUAAUCUCUUGCCGAUAUUGUGACAUAGGACUCACUAGCCAAACACUUCUUGGUGCUGCCUAAGUGUUAUUUUUUACAUGUAAUUUGUAUAUGUUAGUUUUCAUUGCAUUAAAGGAUAGUUUUUUGACAGUC